AUGGCGAUUUCAGCUCCGCCGCGGCAUCUUCUCGUCGAUGAUUCUCCUUCCACAGCUCGAAUCUUGGUUAUUGGAUUAUCUGUAACAGGGGACCUUGAUGCAAUCUUGCCACACGAGCAUUCAAAGGAGAUCCGCCGCUAUCUUUAUAACCAUCAGAACAAAGAUGGUGGUUGGGGACUGCAUAUAGAAGGGCCAAGUACAAUGUUUUGUACAGCUCUGUCCUAUGUGAGUCUCAGAUUGCUCGGAGAGGAUAUGGACGGCGGUGAUGGCGCCAUGGAGAAGGUACUUGGUGUAUAUGAAUGGGACGGUAACAAUCCACUGCCUCCUGAACUGUGGCUUUUACCGUACUUUCUCCCAGUACACCCAGGCCGAAUGUGGUGUAUCUGUAGGAUGGUAUACCUGCCCAUGUCAUAUUUAUACGGCAAGAGAUUUGUUGGUCCCAUCAACGACCUUAUUUUAUCCCUCAGAAGAGAGCUUUAUACCUUUCCCUAUCACCUGAUUGAUUGGGACCAAGCAAGAAAUCUAUGCGCCAAGGAGGAUUUGUAUUACCCACAUCCCAUUUUACAGGACGUGCUGUGGGGGUGUCUUCAUAAGGUUGGGGAACCUCUUCUAAUGAGAUGGCCAUUGUCUAAGCUCAGGCAAAAAGCUCUCACCACCGUAAUGGACCACAUACACUAUGAGGAUGAAAACACUCAGUAUAUCUGCAUUGGAGCUGUCAAUAAGGUACUAAACAUGAUUUGUUGUUGGGUGGAGGAUCAGAAUUCAGAAGCAUACAAGUGUCAUCUUUCAAGAAUCAAAGAUUAUCUAUGGGUUGCAGAAGAUGGAAUGAAAAUGCAGGGAACAGAUGGAUCUCAAUGCUGGGAUGUUGCUUUGGCUGUUCAAGCAAUCCUUUCUACCAACCUUGUGAAUGAAUAUGGUUCCGUGCUUAAGAAGGCGCACUAUUUCAUCAAAAAUACACAAGUUAGGAGAGACAGCUAUGGCAAUCUACGUUACUGGUACCGUCACAUUUCUAAGGGCGGAUGGCCCUUCUCCACUCCAGACAAUGGUUGGUCUGUCUCAGAUUGUACAGCUGAAGGGUUAAUGGCAGCACUCUUAUUAUCACGUAUGCCCUGCGAAAUUGUGGGAGAAGCAAUAGCACCUGACCAACUGCAUGAUGCUGUUAAUGUAGUAUUAUCCCUACAGAACAGCAAUGGAGGGUUUGCAUCAUAUGAACUCACAAGAUCCUAUGCCUGGUUGGAGACGAUCAAUCCAGCUGAAACAUUUGGAGAUAUCAUGAUUGAUUAUCAGUAUGUGGAAUGCACAUCAUCAGCAGUUGAAGGCCUUAAUGCAUUCAUGAAAUUAUAUCCAGGGCAUCGGAAGAAAGAAAUAGAAGCAUGUAUUGCAAAGGCAGUUCAGUUCAUCGAGAGCAUACAACUUCCUGAUGGCUCAUGGUAUGGGUCUUGGGGAGUUUGCUACACCUAUGGAACAUGGUUUGGAAUAAAGGGGUUAAUGGCUGGUGGCAAGACCUAUCAGACAAGUAAUAGCAUUAGAAGAGCAUGUCAUUUCUUGCUAUCUAAGCAACUCGAUUCAGGUGGCUGGGGAGAGAGCUUUCUUUCAUGCCAAAACAAGGUAUACACAAAUCUCGAAGGGAACAAACCACAUAUAGUAAACACUGCAUGGGCUAUGUUGGCUCUAAUUGAAGCAGGGCAGGGUGAAAGGGACCCGAUCCCCUUGCAUCGAGCAGCAAAGGUAUUGAUCAAUUCACAGAUGGAAAAUGGAGAUUUCCCACAACAGCAAAUCAUGGGAGUCUUCAGCAAAAAUUGCAUGAUUAGUUACUCCGCCUACAGAAAUAUCUUUCCCAUCUGGGCACUUGGAGAGUAUCGAAACCGGGUAUUGGUACUUUAGAAAUGUAUCAAUCAAAGAAAAUGCUCAUGUAGCUAUUACAAUUGUGGGUAUAAGACUGUGCUCAUGUACAGUGUAUUAGUGGUUGUGCAAAUUUGAUCGUGUUUAUCAAUCAAGACCAUUUUCAGAAUUACAGAUGAUGUGAAAUCUUCAAUGUUAGCAUAGAUAUCUAAUCAGUCCCGGAUUCAAUUAAUUAAUGCCAAGACAACUGAUCAACUACACAGAGAGAGCAUCAUCUCGGCCAACUUGAGAUUACAACAAAUAUUUUCUACUAUUCAGAACUCAGACCAAACCCUAGCACAAAAUCGGGGAUGGCCAAAUACAAUAAAAAAAUUUGGGGCAGUCAAAACUGUGAAUUGCUAACCAAAGUGACCAUGCACCUGGAACUUUGAAACAUUUUAUCUACUCUUUGCCAUGUGUUGCAUUGAACGUCUUGGAGUUUGCUUGCCUUAUCCUGUAGUCUAGACUGGCGUCGAAUUGUUUCGCCAUG